GAGGACAAUGUGCUCGGUGAUAACGAAGGUGACCGCGAACCGACGCUGCCUGGCAGUAACGCUUGGUGGUCUCCGCAGGUACACCGAGGGCUUGAACGCCUCGGCAGCCGGGGACCGCCGCCUGUGCGCGGGCACAAUAGCCCGCGGUGUCCUGCGAGAAGGGGGCAGGACGUACUCAUCUGGGACGCAAUUGAACGACCUGCUUCUCUUCAGACAGCUGUUUGAAUCAGAGAGCAGCACCUACACAUACCUGCUAGCUGACGCCAACACCAAGGACGCCAUUCUUAUUGACCCCGUACUGGAGACCAUCGACAGGGACUUGAAGCUUAUUGGUGAACUUGGCCUUCAAUUGAGAGUAGCAGUGAACACUCACUGUCACGCGGACCACAUCACCAGCACGGGGCUGAUGAAGACGAGGCUCCCCGGGUUGAAAAGCGCCAUCUCCAAAUUCAGCGGUGCCAUGGCGGACAUCCUGCUGUCUGAGGGAGACAGGAUCACCUUUGGAAAACAUUAUCUGACGGUGAGAGAAACACCAGGACACACAGAUGGCUGCAUGACCCUGGUGACGCAGGAUCAGUGCAUGGCGUUCACCGGAGAUGCAUUGCUCAUACGAGGAUGCGGCAGGACAGACUUCCAGCAAGGUUGCCCCAAGCGGCUCUACACUUCCGUUCACCAUAAGAUCUUCACCCUGCCCGACCACUGCCUCAUUUACCCGGCACAUGACUAUCUCGGUCAGACGGUGUCCACAGUUGGUGAGGAACGCAUGUUAAAUCCUCGCUUGACGAAGAGCUUGGAAGAGUUCGUCACAAUCAUGGAGAACCUGAAUCUUCCAAAGCCUUCCAAAAUAGAAAUUUCAGUGCCUGCAAAUCUGGUCUGUGGAGUUCAUCACUUUUGAACACAAUGCACAGGAAUGGACUUAAAUCAAAAGUAUUCCAAAUUGUUUUUUGUUGUUGUUGUUUCUAUAUCCUGUCAAGUGCAAGCAUCUUAUUCUAUUGUAAAUUUGCCCUCAUGGAAAGCUCGUGCUAUGUAUCAACGUAUUGAACUGUACCCUUUGCAUUGGGAAUCACUGAGGGCCAUGUUUCGAUUGCAUAAGUUGAAAACAUUGACUCACUGACUGACUAUGAGUCAACCCUCUUGCCGUGCCUGUAAGACAGGUUUUUUUUUUCUUUCAAAAUCAUGGUUGAAGAGGAGUAUCAGCCCCUGACACACACCUACAACACAGCAACAUCUGGCCAUCAUGUAGUUUAAUAAUAAUAAUCCAAAUUAGCUUUUGUUAAUUUUUCUAUGUUAGCAUGAAUUUAAGUUAUGUUAGCAGUAGGAGAUGGAUGGAUUCUGCCAUUUUCAGUUGGUACUGUACUGGAUGCAGAGUACUUGAUGUUCAUACAAUAUGAGGAAUUGUAAAAUAGUAAAACUACCCACCCAAAGUGUCAUACAAUUUACAGUGGUGCCAUGAGGUAUGAAUUUAAUUUGUGACCAUGCUCAUAACUCAAAACACUUGUAUCUAAAGUCCUAUUACCUUUGAAAUGAAUAUAAAUCCAUUUCUCUUGUUUCUUGCUGCCUGUGAAAAAAACCCUAAAUGUGAGAAUUUUUUUUUAAUAUGGCAAAUAACACUCUAUAAUAUUGCACUUUAUUAUAAAACAUAUCAUAGUAAUAACAUAGUUAAAUAUAAUGUAAUUAUUUAAACAAUGUAAAUAUUUAAACAGUUUGUACAUCAUGAUUCAUUCAUUGUGGCUCCUCCUGGUGUGCCCAAAUGGCCACCAGGGACCGUAUUUUACAGUCAUAUUGACACAAAUGUAUAGACCUGUCACAAUAAUUACGAUAUGGAGUUAUUCUUCGAUAAAUAAAAUGGACACAAUAGUUUUUACUGAGUCA